AUGCGUUUAUUUUCAGAGCAAGAGUGCAGACAAGGAGUGGGCCUUCCAUUCGAAAUUCAACAAAAGCUGAGAUCAGGAGAUUUCGCAUUCGUCACAGAAAUGGGCCGAAACCUGCAGCUUGACGAGCAGGUUCUAUGCACAGCUAAUUAUAUGAUCAAUGUAUUUUUCACUCGAAGGAGCUAUCUAAACUAUGACCGGCACAUUGUGAGUACCUCCGCCUUAAUCCUCUCCUGCAAACUCCACAAUUUCAAACGUCAAAACAAGAGAAUCUACCCGAUUGCCUUUGUUUCUUACUACCACAACAUCAUCCACAGCAAACUCCACACAAAUUCUGACCGCCAGCCCCCAGUAUUUGACGAAAACUUAAAAGCAGAGUACCUAAGCAAGAUAUUCAAAGCCGAAUUCAAAUUAAUGAAGACUCUGGAGUUUGAUAUGGAAAUUGACCUGCCCAUUUAUUACUUAGAUUUGAUUAUUGAUAAACUCUACGCAGGGGUUGAGGACAGAGCAAUAUUCCUUACAAUGGCAAGAGUUAUGGCAAAUGAAAGCAUGAGGACAAUUGCACCGCUGUGCAUAAGAGCAUUAGCUGUUGCCGUAGCUUCUGUUGUCCUUGCUGGGGUAAUUUGCAAUAUGCCUCGUCCUCAACAAUUAAUAAGGAUCCCAAAUCCAGAAGAGUGGUGGACUAAUGUAUCUCCAGAUUUACAGCUCUCAGAAAUAACGCAAGCCAUGCGUAUUAUUAUGGAAGCACUGACAUUAAAAUAA